AGUCGAAUCCGAACCUUCGACGCUGCCGCAAGUUAACUGCGCUGUGCUUUUGGUGCUGCUGGCUAUUGCAUUAUUGUUAAUUUUCGAUUUUUUUUUGCUCACAAAGUAUAGACCGAAUCUCGUUAGCACGCUUGAAACGCCGUGUACGCUGCACGCUUCGGUCAGAUCGCAAAUUGUAACAACACUGAGCGGUUAGCUAGUGUGAAAUGCUGCGCGACGUAACUCCAACGCAACCAAAACGGAAAAUUUUUCGAAAAUAAAAAUAAUAUUGAUGUUUAUAAUUGAAUUGUGUGCCGCAGAGAUAACUUUGGCAGAGUGAAUUUAAUCAAAAUGUCGAGCAUAUAUAAUUCAAGCUUUUGAUUUACAUGCGAAAUAGAAAUAAAUAGAAAAUAAUAAAAAAAAACAAUUAAAUGCUGAUCAAAAAGAGAUAACUGUGAAUUUGACAAACGCAUAUGCCAAUAUGUAUGUGUAUUUAAUUAAAGCAUAGAAAACAGUUGAAAUUGUAUAGCAGCAAAAAAAACAACAAAAAAGAAUUUACCAAAAGUGAGGUUAUAUUACCACUGAAACUAUUACAUCUAAAUAUAUGAAAACUCGCGAAACUGAAAUAUACGGAAAUAAUAAACGGAACGGAUUUUUAUAUUGCGUAACAACAACGUGUGCGCGCAAACUAGUUGAGCUAAUUAAGGUGAUGCCACUGGCUAAUUGAGAGGCGGAGAAUCUCACACUUUUUAUAUCACGAAUAAUACAAUAACAAAAAAUAAUUAAAUUAUUUUGCAACAAAGCAAGCAACAAAAACAAAAACCAAAUACAAAACAAGUUUAAAUCAAACGCCAAAAUAAUAAGUGGCAGAGUGCUAAGGGAAACCACCGACGAAAACACAUAAAUAUAUACAAACAAGUAAACUCGCAUAACUUGAAGGAAAUUUAACAAACGCUCUAACCAACACACAUACCCAAAGGAAAGUGCUGAAGACAUAUUUAUGUAAUUAAGUACCAGAAGCAAGCAGAUCAGCGUUAAACAUUAUAUAACGGUUAAAAUUCCAAACGUGUCAAAGGUUUCUAUAAAUUUUCAACGCACAAAAUAAAUCAGAUUCAGACGCAAAAUGGCUAAAGAGCUGAAAUCACUUGGCUGGGACUACUUCAUGUUUGUGGUCUUCAUUUUGAUCACCAUAUUCGCACCGUUGUGGAAGCGUAUAUUUGGCAAGAAGAAGGAGCGCAGCAAAGCCGACUAUGUCUUUGCCACAGGCGGCAUUUCAAUUGUUGCCAUUAUGUUAUCAAUUGCACGCGGCACGCUGGGUGUACGCACCGUACUAGGUUAUCCCAGCGAGCUGUUUUAUCGUGGCUCGGCCAUGUGGGAGAACAUCUACGGCAUGGUCAGCGCUUAUCCCAUUGUGUGCUUCGUUUUUGUGCCAGUUUACUUUAAUUUGGGCAUAACGUCCGUCUACCAGUACAUAGAUUUAAGGUAAGUGUAUGUGCGGAAGCAUUUAUA